AUGACGUCACCUGCCAGCCGUAAGUCCUUGGGCUUCCUCGCCCCUUCCCUCCCCGAUGAUCCCUCCAAGCAGAGCCUGCCUCUCUCGAAACACACGAGGCAAUCGAAUGCUUGUGCAGCGUGUAAGGCGCGAGAGUCAAAGUGUAUCGGCGGACAACCCUGCAAUGAAUGCACUGAAAUCGGCAGCGUGUGUAUCUUCUCUGCGGGUCGUGAUAAACGUCGGAAAUAUGCUCAGAGACAGGCCGCGCAGGAACUUGCUUUAAUAUAUCAGUUACUGGACAAUAUUCUCGACGCUUUUGAUGCCGGCGACAUAACAAAGCUAGCAGAGCUGCUCUUGAAUGUACGGGACAGUCGCUUGAGACAUGCUGAAAGCCGCAACAGGAGCUUACCCCGUAUUAGAUAUAGCAGUACAGCAACCGAUUUCAAGGAUACAGUUAUACUGUCGGCUGACUUGAACAAGCCUACCCAGCCCGUCAUAGGUGAUUGUGUCCGGCGGGUCUCUGCAUCUUUUGGCCCGUCUUCUGCGUCAGUCGAAUGCCCCGACGAAGCUAACGUCAUGUCGAAAGACAGUAACUGCGACCUAGGGAGAAGAGCAGCCAGUUAUACAUGCAAGGACUCCGGAAUUGCCUGUCUGCGGAAGCUAGAGAAUGAAGCUAGCAAGUUCAAUAAAGAAGGUCAACAGCAACUACCGGUUAAUAACUCUGUCACGCCAGUGGAAUACCGCCCUGAUGAUGCUCAUAUACAAGACUUGUCUUCUGCCGAGCCACAAUUACUACCGUUCGGACAACGCAGUGAGCGCACUUCGAGGAGGCCGUCGCCGAGGCAUACAGACUUCCAGAAGUCUGCGAAUCGGAGCUCAGAUAUUAUUGCUUUUUUUAAGUCAGAUCAUGAACUGCAGCAGUGUCCAUUUGCUUGGAGUCCUGACUUCUUUUCGGUCGAUAUGUGA